AUGGCCAAGCAGGUCUGGGAGUCUACGGAACCGCAGGGCGGCUACAACUGGGAGGAGAUUGAGGAGAACGAGGAAUCUACGGUGCGCAAGAUCUGGACACCGAAUCGCCUCGUACGUGGAGGUUGGGACAGGAAUACCACAUCGCUCACCAGGGAGUGCGCAGCCUUCGACGAUAACUAUCCGCAUUACUGGACGGAUCUUCUGAUGGUUGAUAGCGUCGACGGGCAGGCGGCGCACUUUCAUCGCACUCUCGUUGGCCCGGUGCAUCGAGGCGCUCGUGCGCAUCGUGCGCCUCGUCGACGACCGCAACUGCAUCAUGGUCGCGCGCACACUGCAACAUAUACUCGACGCGCUCGAAACCUGAGCGCCAACGGCUGCCACGAGCACGAGUACGAAGAGGACGACUCGGAGGACGACGAAGAUGAUGAUGCUGAUAUGUGUGCGGACGAGAUGGUGGGACCUGAUUGGAACGGUCAUCCCGACGCUGAGUGGAGAUGGGCAAGCUUGGGCUUCAGCAUGAGCAUUUGCUUCAGCAGGCUGGGCCCGGUGAACUUCAGAACCAAGGAUAUCCACGGCGCAACGGCUCUACACUAUGCAUCCGGCCGACAAUGCGGCAUUAUCGCCGUGGAGGCACUGCUGAAGGCCGGCGCCAACUACAAGGCCAAAGACGACCACGGCGUAACGCCCCUGAUGAACGCCUGUCGCGAUUCUACAAUCAGCUCGACGCACUAUGCACGAUGCACAGAGACAUCGAUGGUUCGGUCUCCUGAUCAUUCUAUCUCCACCUGCCUACAACCGGCACACGCGCAUGGCCGCAUGAGAGCGCUGAUUUCACCUCCCAUUCCUUGCCUUGAGACCAAGGAAUGCGACUACUCGAUCGAGAAGGGUAACAACUGGCUCCGCCACUUGCGUGAGAAGUACGAGCACAGGGGUUCUGCGCUGCCUCUGUUCAAGAACUACGGUUGCACAUCAACCGAUCUGCGACGACAGAUGACGGACUAUAACAGGAGCCUCCUCGCCCGCGCCUGGGGUGGUAACGCCGACCCCGAACCCCUGCCAGCACGAGCCUGCCGGCGACGGCGCGCCGAGCACCCCACGGAAUGGCUACUGUUCAUCAACUGUCCCAAGAACCUCCCUGGCAAUGACCCAUUGCGCAAGUUGUUCCAGAGCCCUGUCGCCCGUGCCAGGGUCGGCUUCUCCUUGCUCGAUCUGAAGUGGGGAUUUUUUUUUGAGGAAGGUGGCGAGGGCGACCAGUUGGGCGAUGAGCGACUGUUUGUCGUAGUCAAGGGAACGUGUAGGGGGGAGUGGAGUGAUCACGAUGAGAACAACCAUGCGAACGGGAAACAGAAUGGCAACUUCACCCACGAACCCUACACCCUUCCAACCUCAGGCCCAGCAUGGGGCUCCCUACCAGCUGUAUAA